AUGGUUGAGGGGCUGUUUAAAACGUCCGGUUCGGAGGCGUUACAAGACGCGGGCGCGGGCCUGAGCGGGUCCACGAAAUACCUCGAACGCGUCGCCGCCGCCGCGCACGGGCUGCGCUUGACGUCGUCGUCGUCGUCGCCGCCGCCGCCGCCGUCGAGAACGACGAACGACGACGCGACGAGGGUAAACGCUCAUGCGACCCCGACGACGAAGCCCGUCGCCGUUCGAGCGUUGCGCACCGGGCUCCACGCGACCGGGUGGGACGUCGCGACGAAAACGCUGACGGUGUACGGCUCGGUCGAAAACCUCGCCGAGGACGCGAACGCGCCGCACGCGGAGUGCGUGAUCCUGCGGUACAUGUCCAACAAAACGCACAUGAGCGAGACGUUACGAUCAAUCAAAACCGGGAUGCCGCGCGUCCACGAACUCAGACUGGAAGAGUGCGCGCUCUCGUCGUUGUCCUUCCUGGACGAGCUCGCCGCGCUCGGCCUCGGCGGCUCCGGGGACGCCGACGGGAGGUUCAUCGCGAAGCUCUCGGUCAGCGCGACGGGCAACCCGGCGCUUCGAUCGCUGACGCUGUAUCGACCGUACGCGACGAGGACUCUGCCGUCGUUGGAGACCAUCGACGGCGUCGACGUCUCCGCCGAGGAUCGCGACGCCGCGCGCGCGUUGUUCGCGCCCCUGGACGACGAGAUCGCCGCGUCCGCGUCGGUGGUUUCUUCUUUCCAACGACAAAACGCACAUCAGAGAGACGUUACGUCGAUUGAUCCAAACGACGCGCGAGCGCUGUUGACGUACGCGCGCGCGGCGACGGCGCGCGCGAAAGCCGUCGCGGAGAAGCUGAGGAUAUUGGACGAGCGUUGGGACGGACUCGUGCGCGGGUACGCGCGCGAGGGAUUGGAGCUCGCGGCGGCGAGCAGUCCGGGGGCGGUCAGGAAGUCCGUCGGUGAGACGAAAUGCUCAUAG